AUCCUGUAGGGUAUAAGUAUAAAGGACGGGUCGAUUUCUCAACACUUUGUACCCAAACGAAGGAACUAAAGGGACCGUCGACCGAACUCCGCAAUGCUUUGGACUAUUUUCUUUGCUGCCGGGCUGGGCGUCGCAGCGUCUCAGUCGACGUGCCAGAACAUCAACGCUCUGUGCGGUGCCAGUCCGGGCUGGCCGCUCACCUCCAUGUGCCACUCUCACGACUACGUCAUGCAGAACUGCCCCGAGUUCUGCGGCACCUGCUCAUGUGCCAACGACCCGCGAGGCCCGUGCUAUAACGGCGGUACCCGGGGCGGGAACCCCGCCAACUACAACGAGCACACCUGCGACUGUAACUGUGUGGGCGCAUGGACAGGAGACCUCUGCCAAACUUGCGGUCUGUCGUGCGCAAACGGCGGAAUCCUGGACUCGAGCUCCUGCAGCUGCCGGUGCCAGCCCGGCUGGGACGGAACCACCUGCAGCGAUCCUUGCCAGGACGAUAGUCCGAACUGCGGUGCCAACCCGGGCUGGCCCACCACCGCCUCCUGUCACACUGACUACGUGGCGGAUCUGUGCCACAAGUUCUGCGGAAUUUGCGCGGCGGCGGGCAGCGGCAGCAUUGUAACCCAGGCUACAACCACGCACGCUACAACCACCACACGACCAACCACCAACCACCAAAUUUUCCCAUCUGGCACCUGCCCGACCGGGUUCCUGGCGAUGCUCCAGGACCCCAAACUCUGCGUCCGGGCAUUCAUGGAGGAGAAGUCCUGGUACGACGCCGGGAACACCUGCGCGACUUUCGGGGGGACGCUGGUCAUGCCCAAGAACGAAGACAUUCACCAGUUCUGUCUCCUCUUUAAAAACGGCGUGGACGCCAACAGCAAGUUCUGGAUCGGGCUGACGGACGUCGGGACGGAGGGACAGUGGCGUUACGUGGACGGCACGGCGGUGGUGGGAUUCAACAAGUGGAAUACCGGGGAACCGAAUAAUUCCGGAGGGAAUGAGGGCUGUGGCGAGUACCUCCCAGCCGGCAACGACAUGUGGAACGACUUGAACUGCGCCAACCCGCAGAAAUUCAUCUGCCAGACAACAUAUAGAACCUGCCCGACCGGGUACCUGCCGAUGCUCCAGGACAGCAAACUCUGCGUCCGGGCAUUCAUGGAGGAGAAGUCCUGGUACGACGCCGGAAACACCUGCGUGACUUUCGGGGGGACGCUGGUCAUGCCGAAAAACGAGGACAUCCACCAGUUCUGUCUUCUCCUGAAAAACGGCGCGGACGCCAACAGCAAGUUCUGGAUCGGGCUGACGGACGUCGGGACGGAGGGCCAGUGGCGCUACGCGGACGGCACGGCGGUGGUGGGAUUCAACAAGUGGGGCGCCGGGGAACCGAAUAAUUCCGGAGGGAACGAGGGCUGUGGCGAGUACCUCCCAGCCGGCAACGACAUGUGGAACAACUUGAACUGCGCCAACCCGCAGAAAUUCAUCUGCCAGACAAUUCUACCCUGAGGAAACCUGCCUUCCAAACUCUUUACGAAUGACGUGGUGGAAUGUACUUCAACUAGAGGCAGGAGAAAAGCAGAUGUAUUGAUGUCGGACAAGCUGAAUUGAUUGCAAAUAAAAGACGAAUAAACGCAAUAAAUGAUCAAUGCACUGGC